AUGGAUGGUUUUAUCAACUACUUUCGUGCCUAUCACGCUGUUUCUUCAGUUUACGGUUGUAUGCUAAAUGCCUUGCUAGUUUAUGUGGUACUUACUAAAAGUCCAAAAAGUAUAAAAAGCUAUGGUGUUCUGGUCAUCAAUUUUUCCAUAACUGAUUUCUUCGUUUGCCUUUUCAAUUUCCUGCUGAUGCAAAGAUUGAUAGUUUGUGGCGAGGGAAUUUGUUAUAUCUCAAUUGGCCCGUGCUCUCUUCAUUCUGCAAGAUUUUGCUUUGUCGUGUUCAUCAUAACCCUUCACUUCUACACUCAUUCAAUUUGGCUGCUUUUCAUCUCAUUCUCCUAUCGAUAUUACGUUAUGGUCAAAUCCGAACCAAAGAUGUGGAAAACCCAACUUCUGAUCUGCAUCCUUUAUAUUCCUUCGGUUUUUCAAAUCACAAACAUUUAUACUCAAAAUGUUCCGGAGGAUGUUGCAAAAAGUAUGAUUCUGGAAUAUUUUCCCAGUUAUGAUUUGAGUCAACUUACCGUGACUGCCGUUACUUCGGUGUGGGAUUUUACAGUGUUGUAUUGUACUGUUCAUAUUGUGGGAGUCAGCAUUCCAAUCGCUAUUGGUAUUGUGAUGUUGAGAAAUCGGAUUAUAGCAAGACUCAAUGAUGCCGGUCAUGCAACAUCAGAACGUUCCAAACGACUACAACUUCAACUUCUAAGAGUGAGCUCUAGGUACACUUAAUUGUGAUAGAUCAAAUAUAACUUUCAGGCUCUAACAUUCCAAGCUUGCAUUCCAGUAUUCUACCUCUGGGGAGGUGUAUGCUUUAUGACUCAACAACUAAAUUUAAUCAAUAAUGCUCUACCGCAAUACGUGAUGUUCUGCUUCUUCAUCCUUGUUCCAAUUCUCAAUCCAAUGUCCUCAUUCAUUUUCAUCACACCUUAUCGCAACUUCUUCAUUUCAAGCAUCAAGCGAAAAAACACAAUUACAUCAUCAAAAAUCUCAACGAUGCAGAGUAGUGAUUUCAGUUAA